CCAUUGCGGAUUGCUAAAAUGUCGUGUUCUGUUUUGCUAUCAUCUCUCAAUAAAAGAAAUCAAAUUUCAUAAUAUUAUCCAUGAUUUGAGAAUUAUACGUAGAGUGCAUUUUUACGUAAAUUAGAUAUAUAAAUACUAAAAGCAAAAGUCAUGAAUACGACGGCGCCAACCUCGGCAGAUGCAUGCCUAAGCAUUGUCCACUCACUGAUGUGCCAUAGGCAAGGUGGUGAGAGUGAAGGCUUUUCAAAGCGGGCUAUUGAGUCACUAGUCAAGAAAUUGAAAGAAAAGAGAGAUGAACUUGAUUCUUUGAUCACAGCAAUCACCACAAAUGGUGCCCAUCCCAGUAAAUGUGUUACUAUUCAGAGAACUCUAGACGGUCGAUUACAGGUUGCGGGAAGGAAAGGAUUUCCCCAUGUGAUAUAUGCUCGCAUAUGGCGUUGGCCCGAUCUACACAAGAAUGAGUUGAAACAUGUUAAAUUCUGUCAGUUUGCUUUUGAUCUGAAAUGUGACUCGGUGUGUGUUAAUCCAUACCAUUAUGAAAGAGUUGUAUCUCCAGGUAUUGAUCUUUCUGGGCUGACUCUUCAGUCGGGUCCUAGUAGGUUAGUAAAAGAUGAGUAUACAGCUGGUCUGAGCGGGAAUGGCAUGGACAUGGAUACUGGAGAACUCGUAACAAUCCAGCACCAUGCCACAAGCCCCAGACAUCAUCACUCCACCAUUCCCCAUCACCAUCAACAGUUCCAGACCUCUAACAUUAUAAUAAAUCAAGGACAAACGCCAGAUGGCGUUGCCAAUAUGUUUUCUGCUACUCAUGGACCUCGACCGCAAAUUCGAGCUGGAGCACCUAUGGUUCCACAAAUGGUACAUUCGCCAGGGGCGCAAAUGAUGGCUAAUCAUCAGGGACAAAUGCCGGGCGCACCUCAAAUGGGUCCGGGAAACCCACAAAUGGGUCCCGUUAACCCACAAAUGGGGCCUGGAACGCCACAAAUGGGUCCAGGCACUCCUCAAAUGGGGCCGGGAACACCUCAAAUGGGUACAAACGUCCCACAAAUGGCUUCACCAAGAAUGGCGUCAGCUCCCACCCAAAUGUCCCCAGGAACCCCACAAAUACCAAAUAUAAGUCAGGGAAUGUCAAUACCGAGCCCACAACAAAUGGCAAUGGCACAACAAAGAACUAUAGCCCCAAAACUAGAACCGCCCGAUGCUAUGGAUGCAAGAGCUAUGUGGCUGCCAAAGAGAAUGAAUCAUCCUUCAAUGCCUGUCAGUAUGUCUCCCGGUGGGACGACGCCGUUGAUAGACGGCUCCAAUAAUGCAUUCUUCACUAACGAGCAGACUUCUACGGAUACUCAAAUGACUCAGACCAUGCCAGCUGGGAGUCAAUCGGUGUCAGCUGUGGUGCCAGUGACGUCAUCAGCUAUGCCAAGUGAAGCCCAGAAUGGUUUCGCCGCGACCAGCCCACCACCACAACCCAGUCCUAUACCACAUCGCACCCAACAUCAACAGGGAACCUGGACUGGGAACAACACCUUGACUUAUACACAGAGCCUGGCGCCGCCGCCCGCCGCUCCUAUGCAGGAUGUACCCACUCACCACCAUCACUACUAUAAUGGCAACCCAGGUGGUUUAUUGUCAAGCCAGCCAGCUCCGGAGUAUUGGUGUUCGGUGGCUUACUUUGAGCUGGAUACUCAAGUGGGGGAAACAUUCAAAGUACCAUCCAGCAGACCAAAUGUUACGGUGGAUGGUUAUGUGGAUCCGUCGGGUGGCAACAGAUUCUGUUUGGGUGCUCUCAGUAAUGUACACAGAACUGAACAGAGUGAAAGGGCUCGACUCCACAUCGGCAAGGGUGUACAGUUGGAUCUCCGUGGUGAAGGAGACGUGUGGCUGAGAUGUCUCUCAGAUCACUCGGUGUUUGUGCAGUCCUACUACUUGGAUAGAGAGGCAGGCCGGGCCCCGGGAGACGCUGUUCAUAAGAUAUACCCAUCAGCAUGUAUCAAGGUGUUCGAUCUCCGUCAGUGUCACCGUCAGAUGCAAACGCAGGCGGCUACAGCCCAGGCGGCGGCGGCAGCGCAGGCUGCAGCUGUCGCAGGACACAUACAGCCAGCACAUCCGGGAAUGAACAAAUGUUUGUCAGCGGCGGCUGGAAUCGGCGUGGAUGAUCUUCGGAGGCUGUGUAUAGUCCGUCUGUCGUUCGUGAAGGGCUGGGGGCCUGACUACCCUCGCACCUCCAUCAAGGAGACGCCCUGCUGGGUUGAGGUCCAUUUACAUAGGGCUCUACAGUUACUGGACGAGGUGCUCCACACUAUGCCCAUAGAUGGUCCUCGGACUAGCAUCGAGUAGGAGUUGAUCGGCUUCUUUUGAGGCCUUCACGCGACCGCGACGCCUCACCACACUGUCUGUCUGUGUCACAGUCUGUUACACAUUAUCUCCUUAACAUUCAAAACACUUUCCAUUCAAAAUCUCAACUUGUUAAACGAAUUCUUUUCAUAGAUCAAUUUAGAAGUUUUGUUUUUUCUGUUAGUAAAUUGUCUGUGGGCAAUUUUAAAUAGUACAUAAUUUCUUUGAGUUAAAUAUUCAAUAUUAUUAACAGAGACAAUAUGAAAUUGAUAAUUUCUCUAUUUUGUACAUAAAAUUCUUGCAGGUUUUAUGUUUUAAAAGCAAUAAUUAUUCUAAUAGCACCGUGUUGAAUGCAGUGCUGUUUAUUUCAUUGUGGUGAUGCGAUCGCCAGCGAAAUGUGCACGUUUGUUGGUGACAAGGAUUAUAUCACAUGAACAGUGAUCGAGUGUUGCCAUAAAGAAUAUAAUUCUGUUAUUUUUUUUCAAUGUGAAACUAUUUUUCGGCUUCCGUCUUCCAAAUUAUAAUUUUUAUUUGUCUUCCUUUGCAUAAUUUGUUAUAUUUUGUUUGGGUGGGAUCACGGCUCGGUUUUGUUGGUAACGAACUGCACAUUGUUAAAUGUAUUCGCUCGCGUUUGUAUUAAAAGGUGAACUAUAAAUUAUCGUCUUGUCUUUAACUAGAUAAUAGUUUAGAUAAGAUACAGUAUUGAGAUGAAUACUAAAGAACAUAUAGAAGGGAUCUCAGUAUAUAAUAUUUUUCACAAAUCCUAAUAAUUAUGUAAGAUAUUAGUAUAUACGGACAAGCUCAAGUGUUGUCUUUAUAUUUUUUGUAAUUAGCAACAUUAAUACCAAAUUAAGGCAUUUUUUUUGUAUUAAUUUAACACUAACAAGACAUAAUUAUGGUUCAACUUGAAAGAAGCCAAAUAGCACUAGCUUUGGUAAGAUAAGGUAAUGUUAGAUAUAAAUUAUGUUAGAUGUAAUUAAGGAAAUGGAAUUUGACGGUAAGGCUGUUUUGUUAGAGUGCUGAGCCUGGACUGUGUGGUUGCAUGUAUUACAGAAAAAAAAAUAUGUUGUAUAGUCUAUGUCAGAAUAAGCUGUCUAUGGUUUGCAUAGAUUACUUCUUUCGUUAUAUAUAUUUUUUUUAUUUUACAAAUCUAUUAUAUUUUUAGUUGAAAAAAAAAGUGUCUAUAUAUUCUUCUUUUGAUUUCUUUAUAUUUAUACGAAGGGGAACUGUUUGAGUUUACAAAAUAUUACUCAAUAAGGUUACAUUUAUGGUUAUGAACAUUUCUAAUGCGUUGUUUGUCUGUGUGCAUGCAACCGCAUUGUUGUUAAGAUGAUCUGUGAUGUGCUAACAAAAUAUAAGGUAGGAAUUGCGUUUCUAUGGAUGUGUGAAUUAAAUACCUGUGAGCGUAUAAAUAGUUUUAAGGCAUAAAUGACAUAUUUUGUACGAGAGUUCAGAGGUUAUGGAGAUUGUAGACUAGCGUCGAUAAUGGGAUAUUUGUUUCCGUCUGUAGUCUGCGCUGUUUCCUGUGUUUUUUUUAUUUUUAUUCUAUUAUACAUUAUUUGAGAUUUUUUUUUUCGUUUGCUUCAGAUUUUGCUUUAAUUAUUACUAUAUGGCAGUUUUAUAUGUGUUGAAUUAUAAAUAGUGUUACGUUAUUGAUGAUUGGUGAUCUUAUUACCUGAUGUUUAGGUCUUACCUAUGUAUAGAUUUUUUUUUUUUUAAAUGUUUUAUUACAUUUUUUUUUUUAAACUAGAGGACGAUCAUCACAAAUAUUUGAUUAUUUUCUGUCAUCUGCCCGAUAUGAUUGUUACCAAUGAAAUUUUGUAUGGAUUCUUGUAAAUAUAAGCUAUCAUAUAUUUUAUACAGUGUGUGGACACGUGAGAUCGGUUAUAUGUGAACGUUUGAUUUUUCACAAAGAAAAAACAAAAAAAAAUAAAAAUUAGAUUACGUCGAAAAUACCUCUUGAUAGUGAACAAAAAGGAUACAAAGGGUUUUAGAUUUAAUGCGGUAAGUUUUUUAAAUAAUGUUAAAGUUUUGAAUAAUAUUUGAAAAAAAUUCUACAUACCACGUUUGAAGCCUUUAAAGACUGUUGUGUGCUUGGAGACGUUCAUACACACGUACUGAAGUUUAUGAGAUUGAGUGUAACAUUUGAUUUAGUAGAGCCGGUGCGUUGACGUGUAUAUGUUGAUUGUAUGUGUGUACGUGUAGUGAUGAACGCCCCAAUAUCAGAAACUAAAACCAAUGUACAAUUAUUGACCAGUUAUAUAUUAUAAAGUGCAACAAUUGUUAUGGUGGCAUGAGUUUAAAAUGUUUAUGGUUGUUUAUUAUGUGGUGAUGCAUUUUGGUAUAUUCGCAUAGCGAUUUAAAUUAAAACAUUUUUUUAACUAUAAGGAGACAAAUAGACCGGCGGUUUAUUUUUCAUAUUUUCGACACAAUACCUUACAUGGUGUAACUUAGCCUUAAGAAUAGUUAAGAGUGAAUCUAAACUAUCAAAGAAAUGAAUAUAAAGGUUAUUCCUCUAA